UUUUUCCCUUUCAGAUACAUUAUUGGAUUUUUUCUGUUCUAAUCAAUCUCUGAGUCUGUGACACAGAAUUUGUUAUUUAGAACUUUUUCUAGAGCAAAUGUCAGAAUUACAAACACCCUGAACUGCAGGAAGUUAACAUGCCACAGUAAUAAUAAACAUACAGCAUAACAGUUUAUUUCAUACUACAGAAAACAAAGUAGACUGUGUUAACCACAGCAUAUUGUGGCAACAAACCUGGUAUUCAAUUUCAGUGAUAUAGGAGGUUAAAACAAAAUAUGCCUUGAUAACAUUUCUCCUAUUUGCACCAACAGUCUGUGCAAUAUCUUCAUUCAGUUCUGCAAGUCAUGGUUAUCAUAGUACUGCACCACCUGCUUGCCCUUCCGUGUGUGGCCAACAACUACACGUAGGUGAAACUCAUUCCAUUUUUCCCCAUCACCUUAUGAACUCUUCCAGUGUUGACAAUCCACUACAGCCAAUACAUUUAAGUGCAACAUAGAUUCUGAAAAACAUACUGAUUUCUUCUUUGAUGAAAAUGUAUAUAUUAUCUUUAAUUAUAUAAUUUUAUUUGAAAUAAAACCCUAUUAAUAGUUACCCUACUCUUUAAGCAAAAUCAUCCAUGCAGGUCAACACUAAGCAUAAUUUAAUAAAAUACAUGCAAUUAAAAGUGUUAUAUUCCACUGAGCACAUUAACUGUGAAUGGUGCAAUUGCUAUUACACAUGUUUAUUUACUGCAUGAAAGAACAAAACUGUUAUGAUUCCAGAUUUUAACUGAACACUAAUCUUCCGACAUAAUUUUUCUUCUCUCUGGGAUAAUGUAUUUGACCUAAAGAGCGUAUUUUUAAAUGAAUUUUUGAAAACAAGGUUUGUAUAACUAUGAAUAAUUGUGAAAGUAAAGUCGUACUGAAAUUAGAAAAAGUUACAAAGCGGUGCCACUUGCAUUUUUGAAUGGGUUUCUGAGAGCACUGCAAAUAACUGAAAAAACGACGUAAAUGUUAGCGAUAAGGGAAAUGCUUAAAUAGUUUUAACACUUCUCUGCAGUGAAGAAGCAUGCUAACAUCUGAGCAAGGAAAAGCAGCUGACCUGGGUACCAAAUACCCGACUACAACAGUUGGAAACUAUGGUCUACUUCGAAGCACAAAAUAUGUUUAAAUUAUUUGAAACUGAGCGGUGAUUACAUAUUAACAACUUGCUGCAUACUGUGCGAAGUUUUUAUUGAGUAAUUAAUAAAUCAUACUCGUGUACGCCGUCAUUAUUAACCCAGUCCAUGACAAACAAGUUUUUCGCAUCUUUGCAUCAAAUCUCUUCACGUCAUAAUGUCACAGCAGUUCUUUAGGGAUAUAUAUUAAUACUGAUUCUACAGGACUCAGCUGCCUCCGGGAUUAAACAAACACUCUCUCGCCGCCAUUAAUGUUGUUUGUCCAAAGAGAUACACAAAUAUCAGGAAAGAGAUUUCUUCACUCAAGGAGGUUCGAAAAAUAAAAUCUCCUUGUGUGCGACGUAGACCACUUGUGACACUGACGAGCGUAGUACAUGUAGACAUCUGAGUGUCAAAAGCUUAGAUUGCGCUGCUAGCGUAGUGUUGGCGGAGCGUUAGAAACGAUCGCUUGUGCAGACUGUGUGAAGUAUCAGUUGUUAAAGAUUAAGUUUAAUAAAAACAGAGAUGUCCUCGUCGCUAAAGAGUGCAUCAAGCAACAAAAAUGAUGAGAUCGCUUCGUCAAGUUCGUUGCUCUCUAUGUCUGAGCCAGGAGCCCAACCCGAGAGUAAAGUACUCGUGUUGUACACCGGUGGGACUAUUGGAAUGAUGAGAGAUCCGAAAUUAGAAAGCGCCAGCCCCAGCUCGCAGGUGCUGGUGCCCAUCCCGAACGAGUUUGGCCGCAUGCUGCUGAGGAACCCCGUGCUCCACGACGCCAGCUACUGCCAGCAGCGUUUCGGCGCCUCGCCGCCGCCCGACACCUUCGUCCUGCCAGACGUGCGCCAAAAAAGCCGCGUGGUCUACACGGUAGUGGAAUACGACCCACUGCUCGACUCGAGUAACAUGACUGUCGAUCACUGGAUCAAAAUUGCCAAGGACGUUCACAAUGAAUACUCAAAAUACGAUGGAUUCGUUGUGUUGCAUGGAACUGACACCUUGGCAUACACUGCAUCAGCUCUGUCAUUCAUAUUUGAGCAUCUGGGGAAGACAGUUGUCAUUACUGGUUCACAGAUUCCAUUAUUUGAGACAAGAGGUGAUGGAAGAGAGAAUUUUCUGGGUGCACUUAUUUUGGCAGGCAACUACAGCAUUCCAGAGGUAACUGUUUACUUUGGGCACAAGCUCUUCAGGGGAAACAGAACAACAAAAGUGAGCUCUGCGAGUUACAGUGCCUUUGAUUCUCUCAACUUCCCACCUCUGGCUACUGUUGGCAUUGAUAUUGAAGUGGAUUUCAGAUCUGUAUUUCGACCAACAUCCAUUGAACCAUUUGCUGUUCAUACAGCACUGAACCGGAAUGUUGGCCUUCUGCGGAUAUUUCCUAGUAUAACAACAGAAACUGUCACCGCCUUUUUUCAACCACCAAUAGAAGGCAUUGUUUUGCAAACAUAUGGAGUAGGUAAUGUUCCAAGCAACAGGAAAGACCUUCUGGAAGCUAUAAAGGCUGCUGUUGACCGUGGGGUAAUAGUAGUCACUUGUACACAGUGCCACAAGGGAGGAGUGAGUGCACUUUAUGAAACUGGUAAGGUACUAGCUGACAUGGGAGUAAUUGCUGGUUAUGAUAUGACUCCAGAAGCUGCUCUUACUAAGCUGUCCUAUGUACUCUCAAAAAAGGAUUGGAGUGACAGUAUGAAACGAAAGGCAAUGCAAGACAAUCUCAGGGGAGAGUUAAGCAUAAUUGGAAAGUGGAAAGCUCUACAGGAAUGGGAUCUUGUCGACGCAGUUGCACGCUCACUUAAUGUCUACAGUCCUAAGGAACAACAGAAAAUUGGUUCAGUUUUGUAUCCAGCCAUGACAAUAGCUGCUGUAUCUGAAGGAAAUAUUGAAAAAUUGAAGCAGCUGAAAGAAUUUGGAGCAGAUUUUUCUUGUAGCAACAAAGACCAUCGGACAGCUCUCCAUAUAGCAUGUUGUGAAGGAAAUGCAGAAGUUGUGCAGUAUCUACUUAUGAAUGGUGCCAGUGUACAUAUGAAAGAUAGGUAUGACAGAACACCUCUGAUAGAUGCAGUAAACAAUGAUCAGCAUGAAAUAAUAAAAUUACUGAGACAAGCUGGUGCUCAUUUACAUGGCAACCCAAGAACUAUUGGAGAACACCUCUGCAGUGCAGCAGCAAGAGGCAAUAUAAACCGGCUUAAGUCAUAUCAUUUAGCAGGAGCAGAUCUCGAACAGCCAGAUUUAAGUGACCGUACUGCCUUACAUCUGGCUGCACUUCAUGGUCAUGUUGAUUGUGUAUCCUUCUUGCUAGUAAAUAAUGUACAUAAGGAUGCAAAAGAUCUUCUUGGCCACACCCCAACAGAUUUGGCUACAGCUAUGAAUCACACUGAUGUUCUUGAAUUGCUCCAUUUUACUGAACCUGAUGACAAUACAGAUGAAAAUGAAUUCAGCAAAUACCUUUGAAAGUGACUAAACAGGCAGGAGGGACUUAAUGAAAGCCACAGUUGCAUUAGGUGUGAUGGUUAUGGACAGUGGAAAUGUGACUUUGAAACUUGGAAGUUAAAAAGCAAUAUUAAUUUUGUAGUAACUAAUGCAGUUAUAUGAGGAAUUACUUAGUGCCUGAAAUUAUUUGCCAUUUUUGUGUACAAAUCAGGGUAACUGAUUUCAUUUGUACAUGUAAUUAUUAUCACCAAUUCAUGGAACAUUGUAUGGAUUCAUAAAAAAAAGACUGUUACAGAAGUAACACUUGGAUCAUGGGCAGUGAAGUAGAAUGAGUUGCAGUAAUGAUUGUUUUAUAACUGCAAGAAUUUUUGGCAGAAAGGAGAUGACUUGCAUACCAGAGGCAAUGCAACUGCCAGCUUUCCUUUCUUUGUAUACGGUUUCUGAACAUACAAGCACCUUCUCAGAAUAUUUUGAAAUUAACAUCCUUGUUACUACUUUAUAUUUUAUAGUUUGCAAUUAAUAUGUGCAAUUGUACAGUUCAUAGUUAUGCACUGAGAGCUGAUAUUAAUUAAUGUCCUUGUGAUGUCUUUUAAGUUAUCUCAGAUGUAUGUAUGAAUGAACUCAUGUAUUAAAUUACUAAAUGGAAAGUGCCGUAAAACACUAGCUCUAGACUCAUUAAAAUGAAACUGAACAUAUGA